CUGACAAAAUAAAUCUACUUAGUCAGUCUUGUCUCAAAAUUUGUUUUGCUAAAUUGUACAUAUUCAGAAUCUUUGGCUCUGCAACACACAACUUGUGGGGUUUCCUCUGCGCCAUUUUGCUGAUGUUACACUAGACAUUUCAUUAAAAACUCUGACAAAGCCAAAGAAAACAUUUUAGUAUAGAAAUAGUAUCGAGUACACUUUCGAGAUGCUUUUGGCCCGUUUGACCCAUGUGCUGCCAGGACGAUCGCUGCGCCUUUUGAACCAAUCAGGAGGUCCUCGUCUGUGGAGCUCCAGCCAGCCUUCGAUGAGAAGUGGUGUUCCAAAGAAUCCCAUCAAAUCAGCGGCACUCAAGAAGGAUUUACAACUGCUGUCAAUGAGGAAGUACUCCAGGGAGUCGAGGGAUCGCGACCGCACUCAACUGGAGAGUCGAACCAGAGGACCUUCGCUUAAGGAUCGCAUGAUGGGACCUCCCAGCGAGAAUGCCUACUCCAUGGGAAAGGGAGCUGCUGCAGGGGCAGCCCUGAUGGGUCUCAUAGGUCUGUGCUACUACGGAUUGGGACUCUCCAACCAACCGAGCAUCUACGAUCACUCGACCGUUUGGCCGCAGUACGUGAGGGAUAGAAUCCGAGCCACCUACGCCUACUUCGGAGCAUCCUGCGGGGUGACAGCUGCCUCGGCCUUCGGCUGCUUCCAAUCGGAGGCCAUAAUGUCCCUGAUGACGCGUUCCGGGUGGAUUGCCUCCUUGGUGACCCUGGGACUGGUGAUGCUCAGUGGCGCUGUUGCCCAGGGUAUGGAAUACGAGCCGGGAUUCGGGGCCAAGCAGAUGGCCUGGCUGGUCCACUGUGCCGUUUUAGGUGCUGUCCUGGCGCCCAUCUGCCUUCUGGGGGGACCCAUUCUGACCAAGGCCUUGCUCUACACCGGUGGAGUCGUGGGAGCUCUCUCAACUGUGGCUGCCUGUGCUCCCAGCGAGAAGUUCCUGCACAUGGGCGGCAUUUUGGCCAUCGGACUGGGAGUGGUCUUCGCCUCUUCGCUGGCCUCCAUGUGGCUGCCGCCCACCACUGCGGUGGGGGCGGGGCUGGCCAGCAUGUCCCUGUACGGCGGACUGAUCCUGUUCAGCGGAUUCCUUCUGUACGACACGCAGAGAAUCGUCAAGUCCGCGGAGAUGCAUCCCCAGUACAGCAAGACGCUGUAUGAUCCAAUCAAUCACGCCCUGGCCAUUUACAUGGAUGCACUGAACAUCUUCAUUCGGAUAGCCAUUAUUUUGGCUGGAGACCAAAAGCGAAAGUAGUUUCUAAGGCAAAAGCAUAGAAUUUCAAAAGGGAAUCUAGCAUUGAAACUAAACUUAGAUGGGUCGUAUUAGGAAAUAAUUUCACUAGGUUACAAAUAGUUAACAUAUUUCAAAGUAUCUUCUUCUAAUCAGUAUAUUGUGGAACCUCAAUAAGAAUAAACGUAUAUCCUCUUGGAUUUCAAGACUGAGAA